GCCAACCUAGAGGUGCCACUGCCUAAAGAGGUCCUGUGCCUUGUUCUGAGUGGUCAGAAGGCUGCCUCGUGGUCUUGGUUGGGUACCCUAAAGCAGCAAAGGAUUAGCAAAGGAACUCCAGGAGUGUGGCCCUAGGAAGGAGAUGAAGUACACACAGGAAACGGAAACAUGAGCAGGCAAAGAUUCUGUUACCAGGCAGACUUUCACUGCCUUCGUCUUGGAGGCAGCAACGGCCAAUCACAGAGCAGGCCGUGCGUGUAUCCAGGCAGAUCGCGGCUGGCACAACCAUUCAGAAAAAGGAAAAAUAAAAGCAACGUACGAGCCCGCCGGCCGGGCACCGUGGGGCUGGGCAGGAGCUGAGGUAGCCACGGGGUAGUUUCUCUUUCUCUCUUACCUAUCUAAUGUCCGUGCUGGAAGGCGACGGUUCCGAGCUGUAGUCCUCAUGCUGGGAUGGCAGAAGAUAAACCUGAGGCUAAGAGCCCCAAGACCGGGGCAAGGCCCCAAGGUGGUGCUGAGGCUGGGGAACCUACCACCCUGCUCCAAAGGCUCCGAGGUACCAUUUCCAAGGCCGUGCAGAACAAAGUAGAGGGAAUUCUGCAAGAAGUACAGAAAUUCUCAGACAACGACAAGCUGUACCUCUACCUUCAGCUCCCGUCAGGGCCCAGCAUUGGCGAGAAGAGCUCAGAGCCAGGUAUACUCAGCAAUGAGGAGUAUAUGUAUGCCUAUAGGUGGAUCCGAAAUCACCUAGAAGAGCACAUGGACACCUGCCUGCCAAAGCAGAGUGUCUAUGAUGCCUAUCGAAAGUACUGCGAGAGCCUUGCCUGUUGCCGCCCACUCAGCACAGCCAACUUUGGUAAAAUCAUCAGAGAGAUCUUCCCUGACAUCAAAGCCCGAAGACUUGGUGGCCGGGGCCAGUCCAAAUAUUGCUACAGUGGCAUACGAAGGAAGACCUUGGUAUCUAUGCCACCAUUGCCUGGACUUGACUUGAAGGGAUCUGAAAGUCCAGAAAUGGGCCCAGAAGUAAGCCCAGCACCCCGGGAUGAACUGGUAGAAGCAGCCUGCGCCCUGACUUGUGACUGGGCAGAGCGGAUCCUGAAGCGAUCCUUCAGUUCCAUUGUUCAGGUCGCCCGCUACCUCCUGCAGCAACAUCUCAUCUCUGCCCGAUCGGCACAUGCUCAUGUGCUUAAGGCAGGGGGGCUUGCUGAAGAGGAUGAAAGAGCCCCUCGAGAACGGUCAACUUGUAAGUCCAAGAAUGGCGUAGAAAACCUGGAAGGGGGAGGCCCUAAGAAACCAGAGAGACCAGCCCAGCCUCCUAAAGAGCUAGAAGCCCGAGCUGGGACUGACCUUCCAGGGCGUGCAGAACGGAAGAAGAGUGUAAUUGACAGCUCAGUUCCAGCGGCCAGUAAGCCACAAGUUAAUGCCCUUGUGGCCCGACUGCCUGUGCUCCUUCCAAGAGCACCACGAUCACUUAUCACACCCAUUUCAGGCACUCUGAAAGUAGCUACGCUGCCUCUGCCCACUAGGGUUGGAGGACCCCAGACAGCUGUGCCCAUUAUUAACAUGAUCUUACCACCUGUUCCUACUUUGUCAGGUGCUGGGCCUGGGCCUGGCCUUGGGCCUAGGUUUGGGCCAGGGCCUGGGCUUGGGGCUGGGCCUAGGGCUGGGCCUGGACCAGGGCCUGGGCUUGGGGCUGGGCCUGGGCCUGGGCUUGGGGCUGGGCUAGGGCUUGGGCCUGGGCGAGUUCCACCUAGAGCACCCAUUCUGCCUCGAGGUACAGAGAACAGGGAGGUAGGUUUAAGUGGUGACCGAAGACCUCAUGACAAGGGUGUCAAAAGGACAGCUGAAGUGCCUCUGAGUGAGGCCAGUGGGCAGGACCCACCAGUUAAAGAAAUGAAGCACGAAACACAGGAUACAGUAAGUGAAGCGAAAAGGAAGCGGGGACGCCCUCGAAAGAAGCCAGGAGGGAGUGGGGAAAGAAACGCUACUCCAGAGAAGUCUGCAGCUGCUGUGAACUCUCCCCGAUCCCCAAGGUCACUCUGGGAGACAUGGGGCUCAAAAAGAGAAAACAACUUAGUUGGGAGAUCAGAAGGACCAGGGCCAGUGGGUGAAGCUGAACGGGCAACAGUGCUUGUUCAAAGUCAGCAGGAUGGCGCUGUUUCCAGAGGAGAAAGGGGCUUGUGUGCCCAGGAUGCCAGAGAAGCAGAAGAUAAAAUUCCUCCUGUCACCUCAAAAGUGAGUGUUAUCAAGGGCAGAAUUCAAAAGGAGGCUCUUCAGUUGGUAAAGGGAGAGCCUGAUGCAACACAGGGCAACAAAGGGUUAAAGGGCCGUGUACUUCAAAGUUCCCUAACCCAUGAGCAUAAAGACCCCAAAGCAACACCCCCAUGAUAGACAGACAGGUUCAUGUGAGCUCUGCCUGCUUGCCUGGCAGAGGCUCUUCACUGCGCCCGCCCACCUCUCACAUCCAGCUAGUCUUUCCCCCAGGGAACCCAUUGGCCUGGCUUGCAUUGUGCCUCGUGGCUGCUUCAGGCCUUUUUAGCUCAGUACUGUGGCUUUAAUACAAACAGUAAAUCUGUAAUAACUUCCCACCUAUAUCCCUGAGAGAUAGGGUAAGUAUGAAUGUAGGUUAGGGAUAGUCUGGCUUCUAAUCAUAGGGAACUUAACUUAAACUCAUUAAAGAUAAAAGCAAUUUAUCAGCUGAUGAAGUUGCAGAAUCAAGAGGCAGUCCUGGCUCCAGGUGAGACGUGAUCUGAUUGUACACUGUGUUCUUCUGCUUCACAUAAUGUAAGAUUAUCCUUAGUUUGAACCACUUCACAGGUGCCAACACUCCCAGGCUUCUGUUUGACCAUUAUCUCUAAGCAGAAAAAAAGGGUGUCAUUGUGCCAGGAAUCCUAGCAAAAGCCCAAAGAUUUGCCAUGAUUAACCAGCCUAGAUCAGGUCCACCCUUGGCCAGCUAGUGUGGCCAGGAAGAUGUUUAUGCAAAUGUGUCUACACGUCACGGGCCACCUUUGGGCAAGGGUACAGUCAGCCUCCCACAGUGUGGAGACGUGGGUGGAGGAUGGAAGAGUUGCUGGGAGCAGCUAAUGACCACUCAGUGUGUCCCCUCGAGCUUGCGUCUCCCUCGGUGCAGCUGGAACUUUUAUCUCAUUGUAGCCUGGGAAGGACAGCUUUCCCACCUGUCUCCCAAAACAAACUCCUUUUAGGGUCUGAAUCUUAUUUUCUCCGCAGCCGUGUUUCCUACCUCCCAAUCUAGUGCCACCUUCUCAGAGGACGUGAACGCCCGCCCCUAGUCAUUUCAUUCCAUUCAUUCUGCAUCCAUCAGAUGUCGUGCUCUUGUGGUACUUGUGUCAGGACCUAGCCAGGACUGUGGGGUUAGGCUGGAUUAACUGAUGCUGCAAGUCAGGGAGCACCAGCAGGAAGGAUGCACACACACCAGAUGUAUCCUCGGGAACAGCAGGAAACCAGCCCAUGUUAAUCAAGGAUCUACUCUGUCCUCCCCACAGGAUAGCUUCUUGUCAGGGAAUCUUGGUUUUAUUCCCAAGAAAUAGGUUUUCUUUCAGGGAGAUAUCACCCAUUUGUUCAUUUAUUUCCAUGAGAGAAGAUUUUUUAAAAAAAUUAUAAUAUUUGAUAUCUAUAAAGAAAUAUGUACUAUAAAUUAUGAAAUGCAAUGAAUUCCUAUGACCUACCAUUCAAUUUAUACAUUAAAAAUAUUAGGUUUUUGCCCCUUUGCCCAGCCUCUUCCUAGAGGUAACCAUUGUCUUUAAUUUUAUGCUCAUUAAUCACUUGUUUAUAUAUAUUGACCAUGUGUGUAUAUAUUCUUUAAGAAUGUAUUAUUUUGUAUUGCUUGUAUUUUUAGCUUUACAAAAAUGUUGUGCUAUGUUCCUUGAGGUUUGCUGUUUUGCACUUAACCAUUAUUUCUGAGCCCCUCUGUUGUGACUGCUGUGACUUGUCAUUCUCAUCUGUAUAAUACUUCACUAAGCAGCUUACUUAGCCACUCACCUAUUGAAUAACAUUUGGGCUGUUUGCAGGUUUUUGUUAUUAUACACAAUGCUGCUAUGAACAUUCUUGUAUAUGAGUGCCUUUGUUUUUAGUAAGAUUUCUAAAGAGGUUUCUAAGAUGGUCCUAGAUGGUCCUUUUGGUCCGUGUACCCUCUGAGUUGGGGACUGUUGCCUCUUGUCUUACUUUAUGGAAGAGUUUACAUCAUAUAGAAAUGAACUGUUCUUGAAUGUUUGAUAAAAACUCACCUUUAAAGCCA